AUGCUCAAGCGUGCCGUAGCCACGCUCACCAAGGAGUCGUCCGGCGAGAACGGUCACUCCAAGACACCCUCGAGCGUGUCUGCAACCGGAGAGACCACGCCAAACGGUCCUCCCUCUGCCAAGUCGACCAUCGACUCGCACAGUGGUGGCUCCGAGACUCCGGACAAGAAAUGGCGCCUCUCGCACAUCUUUUCUGGCCACUCGCUUCCCGGCACCCGCAGAUCCACCUCACGCGCCGGCAGCCUCGACGAGCCACGCCCCAGCGCCGUCAAAAAGGCACAGCGCAUUGAAGAAAAGGAGCGCAAGGCCAUUGAGCAGGAAAAAGUCAAGGAGAGGAUCGCACUCCUUCGAAAGCAGUCCGACCUUCGAGCCGCUCAGAUCGAGACCCCCGACCAGCGUGCCCGUUACGGUGAAGAGUAUCCGCCCGAGUGGAACAAGCACCACGACGAGUGGGCCAACAUUUCCACCAUCUGUGACGACGCGCAGAUCGGCGACACUGUGACCCUGCGCGCCCGUGUCCACACCAUCCGAGACGUAAGCUCGCACCUCGUCUUUAUCGUGCUGCGACAGCAGAUCUCCACCAUCCAGGCCGUCCUGGCCGAGGAGAGCGAAGUCAUCACGGGUCACAUGGUGCGAUGGGCCAAGCGUUUGCCGCUCGAGUCGAUCGUGCUGGUGCGCGGCAAGCUGCAAAAGCCACGCGAGCCCAUCACCGGUGCCACGACGCAGCAGGCAGAGAUCAAGGUGCAGCAGCUCUACCUCAUCACUGCGCCCAAGGAGACGCUCCCCUUCAACGUCUACGAUGCAGAGCUCGUGCUCAAGAAGGGCGACGACGUCGACAGCGACCAUGGCGUCGAGUCGGAUGGUGAAGGCCCGUCCCACGACGAAAACCACUCGAUCGAGCGUCACGAAGGUGCCGUCAUCAGCCAGCGUGUUCGCCUCACCAACCGCAUCGUCGAUCUGCGCACGCCCACCGCGCAGGCUAUCUUCCGCAUCAAUGCCGCCAUCUGCAACAGCUUCCGCUCUCACCUCGACAAGAACGGGUUUCUCGAAAUCCACACGCCAAAGCUGCAGGGUGGUGCCUCCGAAUCGGGCUCGAGCGUCUUUAUGCUCGACUACUUUGGCCGCCCUGCCUUUUUGGCACAGAGCCCGCAGCUGUACAAGCAGAUGUGCAUCGCCUCGGACUUCAAGCGUGUUUACGAGAUCGGCCCGGUCUUCCGUGCUGAAAACUCCAACACAGCUCGCCACUUGACUGAGUACACGGGCUUGGAUAUCGAGAUGGAGAUUGUCCACUACUACGACGCCAUCCGCGUCAUCGACGGCAUGCUCAAAAGCAUUUUCACCGCGCUCAGGGACAACUUCAAGCCAGAACGCGAGCUCAUCAAGCGUCACUUCCCACACGAAGACCUUGUCUAUCCCGAAGACACGCUCAUCCUGCCGUUUGCGCAGGGCGUGCGUCUGCUCAAGGAGUCGGGCUACGUCGAGGAAGACGGCAGCAUCCCCAAGGAGGACGAGGAUCUACACACCCGCGCAGAGAUCCGCCUCGGUGAGCUGAUCAAGGAGAAGUACAACACCGACUACUACAUUCUCGACAAAUUCCCCAGCUCGGUGCGACCGUUCUACGCCAUGGAGGACAAGAAGGACCCCAAGGUGACCAACUCGUUUGACAUUUUCAUUCGAGGCCAAGAGAUCUGCACGGGUGGUCAGCGUAUCCAUGACAUUGAAGAGCUCGAGCGCAAGAUGCACCGUCUCUCGAUCUCGCCCAAGGGCAUGCAAGAGUAUCUCGAGGGCUUCCGGCUCGGUGCGCCACCCCAUGCAGGAUGCGGCAUCGGACUGGAGCGUCUGGUGAUGCUCUAUCUCAACCUGGGCGACAUCCGCUACGGCACGCUCUUCCACCGUGACCCUCGCAGUCUGCCGUUGCAGAAGAACGAUGCGGACGAGCUGCGUCACCCUGAGGCGAGCACCAACCCGCCGCCGUGGAAGCACCCGCGACUGGCGCUCAAGGCUGACGCCGAGAGCGAGCUGCGCGACAUGCAGCCGUUGGAGAAGCUCAUCGCCAACUACGGAGAUGCGUCCAACACGGCGUGGCUCGACGAUCGGUACAAGGUGUGGCGACACCCCGACACGGGUGCAGCGGUGGGCUACUCGCCGUUCAAGGGAUACGCCAUGAUCAUCGGCGAUCCGCUGUGCGAUAAGACGCAAUUGACGCAGGUGGUGUCGGCGUUCCUGCAAUUCAUCAAGAAGGACGCCAAGCUCAAGCCGAUCUGGAUGAUGGUGUGCGAGGAGGUCGAGGAGAUCUUGGGCGGAAGGCUCAACUGGUGCUCGCUCUCGUGUGCCGCAGAGGAGCGGGUCGAGGAUCCGGCCAAGAACCCUGCACGCCACGACCCCGAGAUCCAGAAGAAAGUGCGUCAUGCGCGCAAGGAGGGCGUCAAGAUCCAGGACUACAGCUUGACCGAAGAUGUGCCCGAAGACGUGAUUCGCGAGACCAACGAGCGCAUCGAGGACUGGCGCAACAACCGCAAGGGCGAGCAGGUGCACAUGACGGACGUGCACCCGUGGCGCGACAUGUCUCACCGCGUCUACUACAUUGCGCGCGACUCGACGAACAAAGUGUGUGCCAUGGUGGUCCUGCACCAGCUCUCGCCUCAGCACGGUUGGCAGAUCAAGUGGGCGCUCGACUUCCCCGGUGCACCCAACGGCACUAUUGAGCACGUCAUUCUGCACGCGCUCGAGAACAACGCAGGCAGCAAGAUGACCUUUGGUGCUUCGGCGACGUCAAAGCUUGUGGCCAAGCACGGAUUGAGCAAGGUGACGACAAAGUGGUUGACCAAGGCGUACAACUCGCUGGCGGAGCACAACAGGUUGACGAACAAGGGCGAGUUCAGGCAGAAGCUCGGCGCGGUGGAGGACAGGGUGUACAUUUGCUAUCCACGACACGGUCUGUCGCCCGCGGGCAUUCAGGCUAUCAUUGGUUUCUUUAAGCAGUAG